ACUAUCUAGAGAUAUAUGGAUAUAUAUAUAUAAUGCUUCAGGGCUGGAGGCAAAGCAGUGGGCGCAGCUGUGCCAGUCGCCCCCUGGAAUGUGUCUAACCAGGGCCUGUACAGCUGGAGUUUCCAGGGUCAGAGUCAGAGAUGGUGAACUGAUGCUUGGUCUUGGAGAUGGGGCAUGCCUCUUCUCCUGUAGGACUAAGGCUGUGGCAUUUGAGUGGCCACACUGCUCUGUGGUGCCACCACCCGUCUUGCCUUUCCUUCCACUCAAGGAGCCUCUGAUUGUGCCACUGAGGGGCACACUUCUCACAUCUGCCACUCCAGGCCUUCGCUCCUGCCAUGUGCUCCCCUGUAAGCGUGAAGAUGCCGUCACAUUGGUGCUUUCCCUGGUCCUCAUGCUCCCUGCACCGCACUGGUACUGAUGACUUGGUGGCCUCCACGGGCGGGCAGGUGCACCCAAAUUGCUGCUAUUAAAAACGUGAGUGUCUUCCACCUAUCAUGCCUCCACUUCCUUGUUUGAUGCUUCCAAGAAAGGGCAUUGUUUUUGGUCAUUCUGAUUAAGAUGCUGACCACUUUCCAUUGCACAGGUUCCUGGACACUAGGUUCAGAGGCUGCAGGGGCUGGGGAGGGGCUCGUGUACAAGAUACUGGGAUGGGGUUGGCCAUAGAGGCCUAUAGAACUCCCAUCUCCCUUCUCCUGAUGGCCUUGCAGUCUGCCUUUUCACGUGCUGAGGGGCAACCGGGUUCAGUACAGGAUCUCCGGAGAAAGUUGGGGCCCAGGGAUGGGCAGGAGGAACACACAUACUUCCCCAGAGGAUAAGACUCUCAUCAUUGUUAACCAUUACCCUGUGGCUUCUAUCACAGCGUCUUCAAGGAGGCGGGACUUGGGAGGGGGUAGGUGGGAAGGUCAGCUGUUUACAAUGGACCUUGUCCCUAGUCUGAGCACUGGGUCACUGAUCCAACUAUGGAAGCAGCUGCAGUAGACCUUCGGGACACAGCGUCAUCAUCUCUGAAGUUUAAGUUUAACCCCAAGCUGGGUAUUGAUAAUCCAGUCCUCUGCCUGGCCGAAGACUACAACUACUCUGAUCCCUGGAACUUGGAGCGGCCCCGCUUCUGUCUGCUGAGCAAAGAGGAGGGCACGAGUUUUGGUUUUCACCUUCAGCACAAGCUGGGCAGGGCUGGGCAUGAGGUGUGCAGGGUGGAGCCAGGCACCUCUGCCCACCGCCAAGGUCUCCGGGCAGGAGACCAGAUCCUGGCAGUGAACAACAGUGUGGUGGAACACGAGGACUAUGCGGUGGUGGUGCGUCACAUCCGGGCCAGCGGUCCCCGGGUGUUGCUGACAGUCUUGGCGAGGCAUGUGUAUGAUGUGGCCCGAGCUCAGCAAGGGAACGAUGCCCACCUCUGUCCUGUCCUAGGCUCAGGGGUCCGGCCCCGGCUGUGCCACGUAGUGAAAGAUGAGGGUGGCUUUGGCUUCAGUGUCACCCACGGAGCUCAGGGUCCUUUCUGGCUGGUGCUAAGUGCAGGAGGAGCAGCCGACCGGGCAGGGGUGCCCCCGGGGGCCCGGCUGCUGGAAGUGAAUGGAGUCAGUGUGGAGAAGUUCACUCAUAACCAGCUCAGCAAGAAGCUUUGGCAGAGUGGAAAGCAGGUGACUCUGCUGGUGGCAGGGCCAGAGGUGGAGGAACAGUGUCACCAGCUGGGGAUGCCCCUAGCUGCACCCCUGGCAGAGGGCUGGGCACUGCCCGCCAAGCCCCGUUGCCUGCACCUAGAGAAGGGACCCAAGGGCUUUGGGUUCCUUCUCCGGGAGGAAAAGGACACAGACGGCCGCCUUGGGCAGUUCCUGCGGGAAGUGGACCCAGGACUGCCGGCCGAGAAGGCCGGGAUGCGGGCAGGGGACCGGCUGGUGGCUGUGGCUGGGGAGAGUGUGGAGGCGCUGGGCCACGAGGAGACGGUGUCCAGGAUCCGGGAGCAGGGUUCUCAGGUUUCCCUCAUUGUCGUCGACCCUGAGGCUGACCGCUUCUUCCGCAUGGUUCGCCUGUCCCCACUCCUCUUCUUGGAGGUCACAGAGGCUGCUGCCUCCCCCGAGGCCACCAACUUGACCUCUCCCGGUGAGACCCAGAAUCAACCAGUCGAACACAAAGCUGGGUCUCCGGGUCUUCCUGGCUCAUGCCAGUGCUUCCUGUACCCCGGGCCCGGUGGUGGCUAUGGCUUCCGACUCAGCUGUGCGGCCAGAGGGCCUUGUCUCUUCAUCUCUCAGGUGACCCCAGGAGGCUCAGCUGCCAGGGCAGGGCUGCAAAUGGGAGACAUGGUUCUGGAGGUGAACGGGUAUCCUGUGGGAGGUGACAGUGACCCGGAAAGGCUUCGGCAGCUGGCCGAAGCUGAGCCACCCCUCUGCCUGACGCUGGCAGCCAGGUCUCAGGAGGGCUUGGAUGCCUGGAUUCCCCCCGGGUCUGGAGAGGACUGGGCUCUGGCCUCAGAUCUGCUGUAGAACAGCUCUGCUUAGCACGGAUCUACCAGAUCUCCGGGUGGCUUCCCACUGCCAUUCUGCAGCCUGAAGUGGUGGAGCAGGGGUGCUCAGAGGUGGGAGCUGGAGGAUUCCGAGGCAUCACUAACGGGGCUGCCCAGGGCUCACUCCCCUCCCCUGGGCCCCGUUCCAGCUGAGGAUGUGGUCAGAGGCCGGUGAAGAAACCUGAGGCCCCAGGGAACGCUGUGGGAACUCCAGAGAGCUCACACCAGGAUGAAGUUCUGCCUGAGGAGGGGGUGCUGUGGGGCUGGCUAGGAUUAAAACCAUUUGGAAGCUGGCCUAGGUCUGACUCCAGUGUAAUACAAGAAUUUGGAGAGUGGUUAUACCCUGCCCUCUGGACACCUGAGAAUUGUGAAGGCGGGUGCUUAGUUACUACCAUGUCCUGUUAUAGAAUGGCCUUUUCCUAUAAA